AUGGCCGGAUCGUCGUUUUCAUCACAACAGUUAGAUGUGAUCUGCACUGCGCUUUACCAAGCAAAAGAUGGUGAACAGCUAGUGCGUCUUUUUCGUGACAUGGAUUCGCGGGUUUUCUGUUCAGAAUGGACUUCGCAGCCUGUCAAAAUAGCAUACAUUUACGCUCUCUACCAUUCGGCGAAUUUUGAACGACUUUUUGAAGUGAUCGGUCGAUCACGAUUCGAUGAACGAUACUACAAGGAACUACAGGAGAUUUGGUAUAAGGCUAGAUAUAAGGAGAAUGAAUCUAAACGAGGCAAAGAGCUUGGCGCUGUGGAGAAGUAUCGCCUUCGCAGAAAAUAUCCACCACCACGAAGUAUUUGGGAUGGACUUCAUGAAGAAAUCGGACCAUCGGGUGGGCGGUCUUCCUGUAAUGCGCUUAAUAUCGCGGGGAACCCAGUCGCUCACGGCUCUGGUCCAACGGUUGUCAUUAAAGCGCAUCACGUGUCCGGCCCACCUUAUUUUAAUUUCCUUAACAAACGCGGCAGCGUCUCUAAUCUUCGGUCGUUGACGUAG